CUGCUCAGAGUGAAGAAGGGUCGUCUCUUCCGUAGAAACGUCGCUCCCUCUCCUCCAUAGCUUGCAGCUUCCUCUUGCCAAAUCUGGGCGCAAGCCCGCCGGUCGCCGGAGAUCUAUGGCGGACCAAAAGAAACCGACAGACCAGCACAACAAGAGGCAGCGGGUUUCCGAGAACGCCGAGAGCAGCAACAAGAAGUUCAGCAUCAAGGAGGUAGUUGGUUCGGGGGUCGCGGGGACGCGGCCGUUGGCAUCGCCGAGUCCAGUUGCCAGGGCCAAGCCAAUCGCGGUGGUGAAGCCAACGGCCGCUACGGUGGCAGUAACCGGUCCAGUGGCCACCAUGGCACCGGCAUCGGCGGAGCCCAGUCCGGUUGCCAAGGCGAAGCCAACGGCCGCUACGGUGACAGUAACCGGUCCCGUGGCCACUAUGGCACCGGCACCGGCCGCGCCCGGUCCGGUUGCCAUGAAGACGCCCACGCCGGCGGCGCCCAGUCCAGUGGUCACCAUGGCACCGGCACCGGCGCCGGCAGCGCCCAGUCCAGUGGCCACCAUGACACCGGCACAGGAGGCGCCCAGUCCGGUGGCUACACAGACUCCGGCGCCGGCGGAGCCCAGUGCAGUGUCCACGAAGAUGCCGGCGCUGGCGGCUCCCAGCCCAGUUGCUACGGCGACGCCGGUGGCCGUGGUGAACCCACCCGCCACGGUGAAGCAUGAGCUGGAAGACGGAGGGGUGCUCGUAAUCGACGAACAAGUAGCAAGAGCCAUGGUAGCCGCGGCACCUGCGGAAGAGGAGUCCGUCAUCUUAGAGGUGAAGAAGAAAUGGCUUCACUGCGCUGCGUGUCCUGCGCCCCUCAAGCGUCCCGUAUUCAUGUGCGGGAAUGGACAUGUCGUGUGCUGCGCCUGCGGCGGCGGCGGCAAUGGCGACGGCGGAGCGAACAAGCACUGUGAUUUGUGCGGCCGCGCCACCACCUACACCCGCAUCCCCUACAUCGAUGGCCUGGUCGGCGACUACAAGGUGCAGUGCCCCUACAGGAUUUUCGGCUGCGCGAGGUCCAUCACCUACCACUCGGCCGCGGACCACCCUGCCAAGUGCGCGUACGCGCCCUGCUACUGCUUCGAGUGCGCGUUCCAGGGUUCCCCGGCAAGCCUCCUGCGCCACCUCACGGAGGAGUCCGGCCGGCAUUGUUGGCCCAUGGAAAAGAUUAAGUACGAGAUCUGCCGCCCGCUCGUCGUGCCGGGGUCGGAGCACCGCCUUCUGCUAGUGGCGGAGGAGGACGGCCGAGUGUUUCUCCUGGCCGUUGGCGCGGGGAGGGGCGCCGCCGGCGUCCGCCCCGUCAACAUCGUGUGCGUCAGGGGCAAUGUCGACGCCGACGCGAGGCCGGUGUACACAGGCGUGCUCUGGGUGGAUGGCCCUCCGGCCGCCGCAGGCCACUUCAGGAGCAGCUUCCAGCUGAAAGGCGACGUGGCGAACUGCGGAGUCCCCGGCGAGGUGGACAUGGAGCACGGGCGCCUCCAUGCGCAUGUCAAUCCGGAGAUGCUGCACGGGGAGUCUAAAGAGAUUCAUCUGCGCAUUUGCAUUACCAAGUUCUGGUGAAUUAGCUAGCCCCCGAGUUAAGUUGAACUUAUCACUGCAGACCGUAUUGUCAGUAGUAUACGUUAGUUGCUGCAGGCUGUUCUAUUUUGCCGUGCGUGCUAUAGCUGUCCAUUCCCAGUGGCUUUAUACAUGAACCAUGGUUAUGCGCCUUCACUAAUUAGCACCCGAUGAUUCGCCCUUGAGUGAAAUGCGUUGGAAGGACCCAA